AUGAGUCGCAGCCCGGAGAGGAUCUCGUCCUACCGCCGUCACUUUGAGGACAGCAGCAGCUCAUCCUACCAGGUCAGGGUGUCCAGCCCAUCCCCCACCAGGAGAGACAUCCGUCAUGCCUCUGCUGGGUACCCCUGCAGAGCCGGGACAGGCAUCAUGCGUGUGGAGUCAAUGGGACGUAGGACCGCCUCAGCUGCACGCAAGACUCGCAUGGUUGGAGCAGGAGUAAGUGCAGGAGCCAUGGUAUGUGUCGGGCCAAGUGGAGAACCUGCUAUGGAUCUGGAUGUGGCUGCAGCUGAGAACCAAGAAUUCCUCAGCACCCGCACAAGCGAAAGACAGGAGAUGAUCGUCCUCAAUGACAGACUGGCUGUAUACAUUGACAAGGUUCGAUCACUUGAGCAGCAGAAUAAGCUACUGGAAGCAGAGAUCGAGGCCUACCAGAACCGCUUUGAGAAGCCAUCAGGUCUGCGCCUCCUGUAUGAGGAACAGCUGAAGGAGCUGAAAAAGAUUGCCGACCAGAUGAGAGUUCAACGGGACAUCUCCUUGGCGGCUAAGGAGUCCACAGCUGCUCAACUACAGGCAAUCAAAAUCAAAUAUGAGGAGGCAGUGGAGCUGAGGAGGAAAGCUGAGCUAGACAUUGAAACCUUCCGUCCAGAUGUUGACAAAGCCACCUCCUCACGCAUCGUCUUGGAGAAGAAACUGGAGCAGCUGGAAGUUGAAAUUGAAUUCCUGAAACGGGUCCAUCAACAGGAAAUCGAAGAGCUUAUGAAACAGAUCUAUGCAGCUCACGCCUCAGCUCAGAGUGCAUUCGCCCUGCCUGACUUGGCAGCUGCUUUGAAACAAAUCCAAGCCCAGUAUGACGACAUUGCAGCCAAAAAUCUCCAGGAGAUGGAUUCAUGGUAUAAAAACAAGUUUGAAGAUAUAACCAGCAAGACGUCAAGGCAUGUGGACAAGGUUCGAAGCAUUAGAGAAGAAAUCGCAGGUGCUAAAAAGGAUAUCCAAAGCAAAGAACGUGACUUGGAUUCCCUGAGGACCAGGAAUGAAGCUCUUGAGGCCCAGAUUCGAGAGACGCAAGAAAAGUACAGAAAAGAACUGGAAGACCUGCAGGCUCGGAUUGAGGCCCUGCAGCUUGAGCUGAAAUCCACCAAGGAGAAAAUUGCGCUGCACCUGCGAGAGUACCAGGACCUCCUGAAUGUCAAGAUGUCUCUGGAGAUUGAGAUUACGACAUACAGAAAACUUAUUGAAGGAGAGGAUCUGCGGCUCAUGGGCAUGAUGCAAACCCUGUCUCUGACCAGCUGUAGCACGAGCGCCAUUGGUGGUGGGAUGAGCUUCAGUGGAGGAGGCAUGGGUGGUGCUGGUGGAAUGGGUGGCGGGAUGAUUGGAGGUAGUGGUGGAGGUGUUGUAGGCAUGGGGGGUGGAGCAGGAUUGGGUGGGGGCAUGGGUGCAGGAGGAAUGGGCACAGGUCCAAGCAGUGGUGCUGGAGGAAUGGGUGGAAGAAUGGGUGCUGGAGGUCCAGAUGACAAGCUGGGUCCUGCUGGUAGAGCAGGCAGGGCAGACAUUGGCGGUGGUCAAGGAUUGGGAGCUGGGGGUGCAGGAACUGGUGCAGAGGGUGUGGGUACUGGUGGCGGCAAUGGAGGUGUGGGUGUUGGAGGUUUGGGCACUGGGACUGGAGGUGUGGGCAUUGGCGGGAUGGGGGGUGUUGGAAUGGGUGCAGGUGGUGGCACUGCAGGUACAGACAGCAGUGGCAUGGGGCUCAGUGGAGGAAAUGGCAGUGUUGGUGGUGGGGCGGGUGAUGGAUUUGGUGGAGGCAUAGACAGGGAUGGAGGUAAAGAUCGUGGAAUGGGUCCUGCUGGAAUGGGUGGCGGAUUUGGAGGCAGUGGAGGAACUGAGGGUGUGGGUGGAGGAGAUGUUGGUGCAGUGUCUGGCGUUGGUGGAAUGGGGAAGAUCGAUGGAGGAAUGGGUGACACCAGUGGUGCUGGAAUAGGAUAUGGAUCUGCUGGAAAUGAUGCCAACAGUGAUGCCUAUGCAGGGCAGGCUGUGGAGCUGACCGAGAGAAGGACGGUGCUCAUUAGAACGGUCAAAAAUGAGGAUGACGUGCUGGAGACGGACCACCAGGAACAAACCUACACCAUCACUGGUGCAGCCGAUGACUCUGAUGAGGACUGACCAGCACAAAUUCCCAAGUGACCUCCUCUCGCCCUUAAACCUCCACGCC